AUGGCUAACGGUGAAGCGUGGAAAUGGAGGUCGGAUCUUAAUGGGGCUUUCUCAAUUAAACAGGUCCGGUUGGAUUUGGAGCUGGCAAGCGUGGAAUCUGAUAAUAAUGACUUCAUUUUCGGAUGGAACAGUUGGCCUCCCCCGAAAGUCAACUAUCUUCUAUGGAGAGCUCUAAUCGGUAAGAUCGCUUCUAGAGUUGGUUUGGUUCGAAGGGGUAUCCCUCUUCUGGACUGCUCCUGUCCUCGCUGCGGUAUGAAUGCGGAAGACCCGGACUACAUAUUCUUUAAUUGUAUUUGGUCGCGUAGCGUCUGGUGGAACAUGUUAAUUUGGAUGCGAAUCAAUUUCCCGGUUGAGAUUUCUAAUAUCAAAGAUCUGUUUGGAUUCAUCCAGAAUCGGCCGGGGAGUUCUAAGUGGAAACGGGUGGUCUACACCGUUGCGUUGGCGACUGUAUGGUGGAUUUGGAAAGCUAGAAAUGAGAUGGUUUUUGAGCGUCGUUUCAUUCCGGUCGGCAUUAUCGUGGAGCAGGUGAAAGAAGACGCUUAUUUGUGGAUUAGCAAUCGGUCAAAACUGAUCCAGGCCAGCCGGGAAAACUGGAGGAUGUUCAACAUUUCAGUUAUGUUGUAA